UUGACAGUGACAGUUGACAGAUUAGUUUCCUUUUCGCGAAGCACGUUGUGGAGUACGUGUGAAAAAUGAGUUCCCUUAAACUUCAGAAGAGGCUGGCAGCCUCUGUUAUGAGAUGUGGCAAGAAGAAGGUUUGGUUAGACCCUAAUGAAAUCAACGAAAUUGCCAAUACUAAUUCAAGACAAAACAUCCGUAAACUUAUCAAGGAUGGUUUGAUCAUAAAGAAACCAGUAGCAGUCCACUCCAGGGCUAGAGUGCGCAAAAACACCGAGGCUCGUAGAAAGGGUAGGCACUGUGGUUUUGGUAAAAGGAAAGGUACAGCCAACGCUCGUAUGCCCCAAAAAGAACUAUGGAUACAACGUAUGCGAGUCCUCAGACGCCUUCUGAAAAAGUACAGGGAGGCCAAGAAAAUUGACAGACAUCUAUACCAUUCCCUGUACAUGAAGGCCAAGGGUAACGUGUUCAAGAACAAGAGAGUCUUGAUGGAAUACAUCCAUAAGAAGAAGGCAGAAAAGGCCAGGGCUAAGAUGUUGGCAGAUCAGGCCAACGCCAGGAGGCAGAAAGUAAAGCAGGCGCGGGAAAGGAGGGAGGAAAGGAUUGCUACGAAGAAGCAGGAAGUGUUGCAGAAUUAUCAAAAGGAAGACGAGGCAGCAGCCGCCAAGAAAUAAGUUAGCAUAGGUGUAUGUUUUAUUAAAUAAUAAAAAUAUUUAAAAAUG